ACAAGUGAAUACGCAAUUUAUUUAUAGCGAGUGCAACAAUGUGGUCGGAUAUCGUAGGAAUUCCAAAUGAAUUGCUGCAUAUUUGUUUGAAUUCGAAUGAAAGAAAACCGCCUAUGAAAUGUGAAGUGUUUGCAGAUUUCUUUUUGAUAAAUUCAGAUAAAACGAGAGCAUGCGACCCGAGGAAAUUUUCAGCCUGAAUGAGGGGAAGCUGGUCGGGCUUUAAGUAAUUUGCGAAAUUUCAGCAAAAAUGCUCACAAAACAUUCAAGUGUGCAAAUAUUUGCAGAAUGGGCCCAAAAGAAUAUGCCACACAACCAAAUCUAAAUACGCACACAAGGACACCAAACGCAUUGAGUUGAUUGUUUUUUUUCUUCGUACCUGUUACUCACCAAAUUGAAGGGAAUAUCGUAUUCUUGUUUAUCUGGCGUAUAAACAAGAUAUGCUUACCGAAAGACCGGCGGGCAUAGCAUAGAAAAUCAGUUUUGCCGCACACGUGUCUGUUGUUUUCAUUAUAGUUUAGUGAACUUUGAUCAGUUGUAACUUGAUAAAUAAACUCCAACUUUUAUUUUAAUCCAUUUAGAAUUUUUGUAAAAUAUCUGGAAAACUUGAUGACUCAUUCUAGUCCAAAUAAAAUAGAUUAUUUUUAAACAUAUUUUAUCACUAGGCAGUGGCAUUGAUAAUAAACUUGUCUGUGUAUGUUUGUAUAAGACAGACAUAUCUGAAGUGGUAAGCAGGUCAAGAUUAUUUUUACAUUUUUUCCACGCCGUGUCUGCGCCCGUCAAUUUAAAUACGUAUAAAUAGCAUCUAUUUUUGAAAUUAGAAUAUAGAACCAUUGACUUGAGUAGACUUAUGGGAAGGAGUUUUGGUCUUUUGUUGAUUUUCCUUUUGGAAAACAAUGUGUAGUGAUAAAGAUACUUUUGUAUCUAUAAUUAAUAAGCUUUUACUAGCGUAUGCAUACUUACUUCUAAAAUAUGUAUGUAUAAGUUAAAUAUGAAAUCAUUAAUUUCUGACGUUCUUAAACACGACAUUCUUUAUAAGUCAUUAAAGGCCGCAGUAUCUGUGUCAUUAAAAGACAUUGAGUCGAUGUGAAAGAGAUUGUCUAUGAACCAAAAAACCAACGACAUUUAAAAUAUAAAAAAUGGCUGACGUGGAGGAAGUCCCUGAGAAAGUGCCGCGCCUGGGGCUGCGACACCUGCAGGCGGGCCUUCUCUUCUAUGGACUGGCGGCCAAUACAGUGCUGCAGCUGAACGUAGGCGUGGCCGUGGUGGCGAUGACCAACGGAACCGCAUCGAACGAUAGCGACCCGCCCCACUACGACUGGACGGAGGAGAAGAAGUCGUACAUCCUGUCGAGCUACUACUGGGGCUGCGCUCUGGCCCAAUUCCCCGCCGGCUAUCUGUGCAAGCGCUUUGGCUCCAAGGCGGUCCUCUUCUGGGGCACCCUGGGCUCGUCCCUGCUCAGUGCCCUCACAUCCUACGGCGUUUAUGCAGCCGGCUGGAAGGCGUACUGUGCGAUUCGCCUGCUGCAGGGACUCUGCCAGGUGACCUGGCCCUGCAUCCACCAGCACCUGGCCAACUGGUGUCCAGCGGCGGAGCGAACGCGCCUGGGAGCGUUUGCCUACACGGGCUUUGACUGCGGCAAUGUGCUGGCCAUGUACGGCGCGGGCAUGAUAUCCACAUCCUCGCUGGGUUGGCCUGGCAUAAGCUACUCGGCAGCCGGCUUGGGCCUGGUUUGGUGCGUCCUCUGGCUGCUUCUGGGAGCGAACAAGGCCAGUGAGGCUAGGUUCAUCGGCGAGGCGGAGAAGGCCUACAUUGUGGGUGAUCUGCAGCGAUCGGAGAGGAAGGAGCCGAAGAAAAUGGAGAUACCUUGGAAGGGCAUUUUCACCUCGGUCCCAGUGUACGCCCUACUUUGCGCCCGAUGUGCCGACAGCUGGGGCCUGACCACCAUGCAAACCGAGUUGCCAACCUACUUGAGCGGCGUCUUGAAACUGGAUAUGAAGAGCAAUGCGGUCUAUUCGGCCCUUCCCUUCCUGCUCAUGUGGGUGAUGUGCUAUGUCUACCUGAUUAUUGCAGAUGUGCUGCUGCAAAAGGACUGGAUGAGCCUGACGGCAUUGAGAAAGACCUACACGAGCAUAGCCCUUUGGGCCCCGGCCUCCAUAAUGCUGACGCUCGUCUUUGUGGGAGAGGACCAGAAGUCCUUGGUCCUUGUGCUGGUGACUCUCAGCGUGGGCGUGAGCAGUGCAGCCACGAUUGGCAGCGAGCUGAAUACGAUUGAUUUAUCGCCGAACCACGCCGGCAUCCUGGCCGGCCUCAUGAGCAGCUUCACCAACCUGAUGGCCCUGCUGACGCCCCUCGUGGUGGGCGUUUUGGUAACGGACACCAGUCAGCGGAGCCAGUGGCAGGUGGUCUUCGGCCUGGCCGCCGGAAUUCUGUUUGCCGGGAAUGUGAUUUUCCUACUCUGCGGCACUGCCGUGACUCAGCCGUGGAACGAGUCCAAGGAAUCGAGGCGGGAGCUGGAGCCGGAGGAGAAGCCGUUCCAGCACACCAAACUCGAGAUAGCGGCCGAUGGUUCCGAUGGCAAUGGAGUAGGCUUAAGACUGAACUGUACGAGCCCUUGAGAAAUAUAUAUUUUUAUAUUUGUUUGAA